AUGACUAGGACGAGACUACGCGCAGAGGAAGUGCAGGAUGGUGAAUGCAAGUUGCCUGGUCUUUACGAAGCACGCAGUGUCACCUGCACUCAUACUGAGCCGCCGGGGCAGAGCGCGGUUCGGGAAGACUGGGGGCUGAAUCUCGGGAAACUCGGGCCUAAGGCAUGGAUUAAUAGUCUCACCUCCUCUCCCCACACCACAGCCCAGACCUGCGGGGCCUCCGGAGGCGACCGUGGUGUCCAAGACCUCCCGGGGUUUCCUCUCCUCAAUCCUCUAGCUUCCCCGUGCGGCCGUCUCUGGCUCCCGCACCUCCGCUCCCCGGGGUUUCCUCUCCUCAAUCCUCCAGCUUCCCCGUGCGGCCGUCUCUGGCUCCCGCACCUCCGCUCCCCGGGGUUUCCUCUCCUCAAUCCUCUAGCUUCCCCGUGCGGCCGUCUCCGGCUCCCGCACCUCCGCUCCCCGGGGUUUCCUCUCCUCAAUCCUCUAGCUUCCCCGUGCGGCCGUCUCCGGCUCCCGCACCUCCGCGCCCCCCAGGCCCCUUUCAGGCCCCGCCCCGCGGGCAGGGGCACUGCGAAGGGCUGGUCCCCGCGGGCCGAGGAGGUGAGGAGGACUGGCCCGCGCCUUUAGCUGAGGAGCCCUCUUCUUCCUGAGGCUGCUUCUCCAACACGUCGAGCUUCCGAAACAUCAAACCCAGGGUUCCUUCCCCCAGUGAGCGGUAUCCGAGGGACGGUUCCGAUGCCGGGUUCGCUCCUAAAGCGGUUCCGCUCACUGUUGCACCACUGAGUCUGUGGUUAGCUGUGAGACUGGGUUUCCUUCUUACAGCGGGUCCCUGCCUAACUCUGACCCAGAAACCAGCCCCUUUAGAGGAAAUGCAGAGGGCAUCAAUGAAAGUGAAUAUUGGAAGUGGGCCUCUUUCUCACUUGGGAACAAAGAAUUGAUUUUAAGUCUAAAAUGAUUUUAAAGAACAAUAGACCCAAGUGUAGAUAUUCAGAAGGCGCUCUCCAGGAGAAUGGGUUAAGAGUUUUUUAGUGCAGUGUUUCCCAUCUUCACACCAGGUAAAGGACAGGUGUGUUUCCUCAUACUUUCUUCCUCCAUUGGUACUUUUUUUUUUUUAAUGCUUUUCUGUCAGGUUUAAACAUUUUGAAGUGUCCCGUUGACAAGAACAUAUUGUAAAACAAAAAUUUAAAGAGUAAUAUAUGGUAUGUUUGUGUUCCUGUCAUAAUAAUUUGAUUAUAAGAAAAUUACUUACGAGGGCUAAAUUACACUGUGUAAAUGUCACUCUUAAAACUCGCAUGUUUGACAUAGCUUCUAAGACCCAUGUAAUUUUUCUGUGUCCGUUUUGAAUUUUUAAACUUUUGAUGAAGAGUUAGAGAAUAUGAAAGUAUUUCUGAAUAAAAAUAAAUCUACA